CUCUCUUCUUUUGGUCUCUUCCUUCUCGAGAGAGCCCGUUUCAUCACUCGAUGAUUCUUUGUAAGAAUGGUCCAUGACAAUCAAAAUAGAGGCACGUGGAAAAUUGAUUAAACUCUUGGGUGCUAAGAUGAAAGAAAGUGAGGGGACAAUGAGACUGUCUUUUCUCUUUAUAGUGCACAAACAAAAGACAACAAAGAGGUUGAUUCAUUUUUCGAAUAACCCCACUACCCCAUCACAUUCUCCCCCUCCCUCUUGCAUUCAACCCACCUAUCUCUCUGUCCACAAAUAUCUAAUUUUGAUCCUAUGCCCUUCUUCAAAUCUUAUGUUUCUUCAUCUUAACUUGUUUUGUAUGAGACUGUGUUUAUAUUGCUUUCUUCUCACCCAUUUCACCUAGUGGAGAAUGCUUGCUUCUUCGUUCAUGGAGCCCUCACCUUCUCCUUCCCUUAAUCCAUCCCCAAGCGUGUCUAUCACGGACCCUCACGAGCAUGUACUAGGUGGCAACUUCAACCUCAUUGUUCUCGUCGUUGCAAUUGUUUGCGCCGUUGUUUGCACGCUUGGUCUAAAUACCAUGCUGAUAUGUAUACUUCAAUGUGCGAAUCACUCUCUUAGACAAACAGUCCAAUGGGUGGCUUUAAGGGGACUGAACUCAGGCAUGAAGAAGCAAGACAUGGUUGCCCUCCCAACUUCAACUUACACCAACUCUGGAUCACCGAUUUCGCCUUCAUCUACUUCAGCCUGUGCUAUCUGCCUCAUCGACUUCUCAAACGGGGAUAAAGCAUCAGCUCAAGUCCAAGGACUCUAUAGAUCACAUUGUGUAAUAAUGUCAAGUAAAAUUGAACAAGUGAAGAAGCAGUAGACUUAAAGUGAAUCAGGUAAGAAAUAAAAAUGAUUCCAAGAGUUGAGAUUGAUUGAUAAAAUUAGUUGAAGUGAGUAAGCAAUAAAACUAGAUUUUGGUGUUUCCUA